AUGAACGAAGCAGUCAGUCGCGUAGACACUCCUGCAAAGACUCACUUGGUUUGGUAUUUGACUCGUUGUCCUAGGCCCCUCUCAGCAGCUAGAGGCUUGACAUAUCGUUGGAACGUCCCAUCUGCCACCAUCACAUUAAGCUUCGCAUAUCGUUGGAAUGUCCCAUCUGCCACCAUUCUCCACCACGACCCUAUUAUCUCUGAUUACGUUGCAACAACUAUAUCUGUUGUCGUUGUUUUCUUCUUCCUUAGAUUGUGGCAAGAAACUGCAAAACGAGGACUUUUUGAUCCGAAAUUGAAUAGGAAACUUGUGCAUAUAACCAUUGGGCUGGUAUUAAUGCUAUGUUGGCCAUUAUUCGGUACUGAUAGAUGGGGAUCGUACUUUGCUGCUUCUAUUAUGGGAGUCAAUGUAUUUCGGAUGCUCGCUAUUGGACUUGGAAUAUGGAAAGAUGAGGCCACUGUGAAAUCAAUGAGCAGAUUUGGAGAUUAUAGGGAACUUCUAAGGGGACCAUUGUAUUAUUCUGUAACAAUUACUUUGGCAUCCAUCAUAUACUGGAGAAAUUCGCCUAUUUCGAUUGCUGCAAUAUGUAAUCUAUGUGCUGGAGAUGGUAUGGCUGACGUUGUUGGAAGGCGAUUUGGUGCUAAAAAGUUACCUUACAACAAAAACAAGUCCUACGCUGGUUCAAUUGCAAUGGCUUCUUUCGGAUUCUUGGCUUCUAUUGGGUACAUGUGGUAUUUUUCAUCAUUUGGAUUUAUGGAGGGAAGCUGGAAAAAGGUUAUAAGUUUCCUAGUUGUAUCUGUUAUCUCAGCAGUUGUGGAGUCCCUUCCUAUCAGUACAGAUCUUGAUGAUAAUCUCACAGUUGCCCUCACUUCCAUAUUGGUAGGAAGUUUAGUCUUCUGAUUCUGAU